CUGUUCAAUUGUUCCAAGCAGAAGAAGAAGAAAAAGUCAGAUUCAUAACCUCAUUUAAUUCUGUGUAUUUAUCUCAGCUAAAAAUGAAUAUUUUAAGAAGAUGCACAAGUACCAUUUUAAAAUCAUCAACAAAAUGUCUAAAAAAACAACCCAUAAAUCCAUAUUCAACCGGUAAACUCUACGAACCUGAUUAUUUAGAGGGAAUGAAAUCUAAAGUACCAUUAUAUGAUACACUUAACAUAGAACUAAGAGGACAUGAUUAUCCUGUAUUGGAAAGUUAUCAAAAAUAUUUACAUAACAUCAUAUCAGACAUGGAUAUUAAUGUAGAAGACUGUUGGGCUCUUCCUGCACAAGACAUGCAAAUUACAACAUAUAAACCAAACAGUGAAAUUGUAAAUGCACAAUACAAAUUAAAAGUUUACCACAGAACAGUUCAAAUAACAGACAUUUCUUCUGUUCAGUUGCCAAUUUUGUUAAGAGUUUUAGAAGCUAGUGCACCAGCUGGUGUUACAGUUAAUAUAGUUAAUCAUGAGGAUUAUCAUGAAGAAGUCAGAUAUGUUCCUGACAGUGAAUUACUGCAGUUGAAGCAAGAACUUGAUGACAUGGGUGGUCCUGCCAAAAAGAAGUAGUAUUGUAUAAAAUUAUAUUGUUUGUGUUUAAUAAAAAAGUAUAAAAAUUG